UGAAUAUUUACGAGCAAAAGGAUUCGUCCCAAAACAUUGGGUCUAUGUCUGUCAGACAGCAGAUGUUAUUUUUGCUACAGAAAACAAAGAAUGAAGCUGAUUGGGACCUCUCUGAUGACCCAGAUAACCAAAAUAUGAGUGUAGGUGAAGCAGGAAGCCAGACAAAUCAAAAUGAGGAUCUUGUGAUAAAGAAUUACAAUGAUGAGUUUGAAGAGAUGAGGAAAUAAAGAGAGAAAGUAUGAACUCGAGAAUAAACCUAUGAGAUAUCGGCUCAUGGCUGAUUCCUUACAUCAAUAUACUCCGAUAAAAAGAAACAAGUUUGUGGAUAGAAAGAGAAACUUGAUGUCUGAGAAAGACGAUUCUUUAUGUGCAUGUCAGCCCCCUACUAAGAGAAAUAACAAAUAAAAAGAAGAAAGGCAAUGAUAAUAAUCAAGUGUCUUUUGAAUGUAUGAACAAGUGUAUUAACCGCUGUGUAUCUACAGAAUGCUAUGUAAGAACCUGACCUUCUGAAAAUUACUGCCGAAACCGUUGUUUUCAAUUGUAUCAAUAUGCAAAUGUCUACCCUGUGAAAACAGAUCACAAAGGAUGGGGGCUAUGCGCUGGUGAAAAGAUUAAGAAAGAAACCUUCGUCAUGCAGUAUGUUGGUGAAGUCUUUUCCACAGAUUCCGAAUUUGGUAAAAAGAGAAUGGAACAGUACAAUAAAUCAAAUGUCUCAUAUCUCAUGAAAUCAGGAGGAAAUGAAGUUAUUGAUGCUACUUACUACGGAAAUGCAGCCAGAUUUAUUAAUCACUCUUGUGAGCCAAACUGAGAAACUCAGAAAUGGAACGUUCUUGGAGAAAUCUGAGUAGGAAUAUUCACCCUCAGAGAUAUUGAAGAAGGAGAAGAACUUAACUUUGACUAUCAAUUUGAUUGCUACAACACCCCAUAUUCGAGAUGAUACUGUGGAACUGAGAAAUGUAAAGGAUUCUUAGGAAUUCGACCAAUGAACAAAGACCAAGAGAAAGAAUUAGAAGAUAAUCUUGCGUGUAAAAUUUGUAAAAAGGUAAAAGAUAACGAUAUUCUGCCUGAUGGUACUAAAGGAAUCGAAAGAGUGAAUAAGUUUACGUAUCAAAAAUCAAACAGAAUCGAAAACCCAAUGUACAUCAUCUGUAAUGGCUGCAAAUAUUCGUUCCAUCUGCAAUGAAUCAAACCGAAAAUUACUAGAAAAAGACUACAGAACCCAGACUUUGAAUUCUUCUGAAAGUCAUGAGAGAAGGAGUUAAAGGGGACUAAGAAAAGAGGAAGAAAGAGAAAGAGGCAGAUUAACGAAAACUCUGAAGAAUAUCAACCAUCCAAAAUAGAUAACACCAGUGAUAGAGAAAUAGAUUUUGAUAGUGACCAAGGCGUGGUCAGGAUAAAAAUGGAUGAAGACUCUCCUAAGAUCCAGACCCAAAAUAAGCGUAAGAAAUAAGAAGUAUAAAGUUGUUAUAAACCCUGCUAUCUUAGUCGAUGAUACCAUGCGCGGAGAGAUUGAUAGGACGAAUACUAUCGUGGUGUCGGAAAGCGGGAAGGAUAGUAGCAGUGAAGAAGAGAGAAUAGAGAAGGAUGUUACCAUGAAGGAAGAAGAUAAUAAGGUAGUCAUAAAGAAUACAGAUGGAUCGCCUCUGGUUCAAGAGAAGGGUUCAAAUAAGAUAUUUGAAACUGAUUGAUACCUUAGCCCAAGGUAUUGACAGAUUUUGGAUCGACUUAUACAUGCAGAAUUCGCGGCUUUAGAGAAAGAAACUGAGGAAUUUGAUGCUAAGUGGGAGAGACAAAAAUAAAAUCAAACCUAAAGCAAAGAUCUUUAAAAGGUACUUUAACUUUAGCUACCUCCUUGCUAAAAGACUAAAGGCUAAGAUUAGUUCUCGAAAGUUUAAAUAUAUGUCACUCGAGAAGGAAAAUGACAAUGUCUCUCAAAAUAUGUUGGAUUCAGAAAGAGAUAGCAACUUUGAUGAUGUUACAACCUCCCCACUAAAGAAGGUAAACUCUACUAUUCUCUCAGAACCAGAAAAGCUUAAAAAGAAGGCUCUCUCAAUGUGCUCACCUAAGAUCACCGGAAAAAGAGGUCGAAGAAGUAAAAGGAAGAUUCUGGAUAAUAACAAUAGUCUAGAAAAGAUUAAAGAAGAAUCUAAUGAAGAGACUAUCAAAGAAGAAGUUCCUCAACAGAGUCAGAAGCAAAGAUUCGACCUUGGUGACUCCAGUCUUUACGAUCAAGACGAUGGAAUAGACGAACCUCAAGAAAUAAUCAACUUAAGAAAUAUGAAUCCAGAGUUAAAGAAAGAAGAUAGCUUUAUUGCAAGCCAGAUUGGAGCCCGUAAAGAUUCCAAUAUUGACAUAAAUAUGGACGAAGCGAACCCCAUGGAAGAUGAAGUGCAGAGAAUGUUCAUGGACAAGAAAGUAUCAGAUAACGACUUCUUCAGAAGACAGUCUAGUAUCUCAGACUUUAGAUUCUUAAGAAAAGAUAGUUUUGUUUCUAGAAACAGUGAUGUGAACAACCAGCUUGAUAAUCAAAUUGACAAUAGAUUUGAUAACCAGCUAGAUAAUCAGGUUGAGAACCAGCCAGAUAACCGACUAGAUAAUCAACUAGACAAUCAGUUUACGAGUAAGAUCCAUAAUCAGGUUCCAAUCCAGCUUGAGAAUCAAAAUAUUGAUAUGGAUGACAUUCUGAAUGAGGAUGAUCAAGACUCCGAAGAUUUCCCCAUAGAAGAUAUUAAAAUAGAGAACACAAGAUCUCUGAGCAUGAAAGUAAUCCCUUCACUUGGGAGAAAUCUUCUCGACAACAAACCCAACAGAGAGAUAGAUACUAAAGAAGAAUUCACAUUCAAAAAUGAUAAGAAGAGUGUCAGCCAUCUUGAUAAACACUCUUCAAGUAACAGCUCUAUGAAAGUAGAUAGUGAGUCUUCCUCUUCUAACAAGGAAGAAUCAAAUGAUGAUGUUCAAGAGCAUGAUUCCGACCAUUCUGAUGAGAGUGAUCUUUUAAAAGAAGAGGUUAAACUAACACCCCAGAAAAAGAACAGGAGUGGGUUAAGAAAAGCUAAUACUGAAAUACUCCCUCCUAUAAGAAACCAGCCAGCUUCUCAGAACAUUAAAGAAAGCAUUAUUAAGGACCAAGGAAAAGAGGAUACUUCAAUGCCUUUUAAGAAUAUCGACUUGAAAGACCUGGAUGAUAUUCAAAUUCCCAUGAAAAAGAGCAUCAGUGGGAUGCAUAUCAAUUCCAAAAAGAAUGAUGAACUCGACAAAUUGGUUAAAGAGCAUAAAGAUAUUGAUGAGAUCAGAGACAAAAAGAACAAGAAAGAUAUUAUGAAGCAUUUCAAUAUGAUCAAAGUCAAGACUUAUAGCCAGCAAGAUCCUUUGUUAAAUGGCCAAGCAAAUAAACCUGAUAGUAAAGUCAAGUGUGUCCUCCAUCUGACUGAAUCAGAGCUUAAGAUUAUCCGAAAGAAUAGAAAUUUACUCUUAGACCUUGGAGCAAUGCUGUUCUGGGACCACAAAUACGAUAACAUUCGUGGAGAUCAUGCUUACUUUCAUCAUAAUGAAAGCAUAAAUGAGAAGAAGGUCGAAUUUCAAAUAAGUGGAAGCUAUACAGAAGUUGAGAGAACCAAAGAAGCGUCUAUUUACCUUCUCAAUUAUGAGCGUAAAAUUGAGAAAGAGCAAAUUGUUGUUAUUGAAAUUGACAUGUGGGUUCCUAAAAUUCUCAUCAGAAAAGUCAUAGGAUAUCAAGAAAAGCAUGUUAUCGAGUACUACAAGAAAUUUGAUGUUACAAUCUCUUAUGACUCUAACCUAAUCAAUGAUGAGUCUUACCCAAUUCAAGAGGAUACUAUGAUCACAAUUAAAGGAAAGAAAGCAUUUGCAGAAAUUGUCUCAAACGACAUCAACGAAAGAGUUUCAAGCCUCAUUGUUAAAACUCUUCAUCUUGCACCAGCUGAUUGUAAAUACCUCAAAGAAAAGAUUUGUCAGCUGAAGUGUAGAAUCGACCCUGCUGAGUUGAGAAUUUGAAGAACAACAAAGAUUCAAAAGAACACUAACAUAAACCAUCCCUUCUUCUACAUCCCCUCAUAUUUCAAAGAAGUACUUCUAAUUGGAGAUAAAUGUGAGGUAAAUAAAGCUGAAGAGGAAAUCUACAAAUUCCUUCGAGAGGAGAAGCCUGACGACCAGGAGUCUUGCUCUCUCAGUAUCCUAAUCCCCUUCAACAUUGACCCUGAAGAGUAUAAUUCAUAUACAGAGAGUAUCAGGAAUAGAUGUGGCAUCGAGAUUCAAACAUAUGAAGCUAUUCCUCCAAGAAAACACUCUACUACAAUCUUAAUAGGCACUUGGGACAAAAUUGUCAACGUAAAGAGAACCAUGGUUGAAUGGAUAGAGAAACAGAGAAAUAUGCAAAUGAGCAGAUGGAAUGAGUAUGACAAGUUUGACAAAAUGAUCCUCAAUCAGCAGAUCAGGUUUACCUACAAAAGCCUUAAAAGAUAUAUCAUUGAGAAGCAUGUAAAAUAUCUCAAACACUGGGACCUUACUAGCACUAUUGUGCUUAGAGAUGCUAUCAAAGAGCCGGAAACUUUUACUAAAGAGAACAAAGCUUAUUAUGAUAUGGUCAAAGGAGAAACUGAAAGCUUAAAGUUCUUCAUGAAGCAAGUCGACAACGAAACAGCUGUCAAUAUUUUAUUUGCCUGCUCAAAAAAUGAAUUCAGCAAGAUAAUGGAUAAGUUUAGUCUCAGGAAGAGAGAAAUUAUUGAGAAAUGCUACAAUCUUUUAGCAGAUAACAUGAGGGAAUAUAACUUCAUGGAUCAAUACUCAAGACCCUACGACAAUUAUGGUCAAACCACAUAUCAUGAUAACUCGAGAAAUAGGUAUGAUGAUUCUAGAAACAGAUUUUCUUAUUCAAGAGGAGGUUACAAUGACUACUCUAAGAGGAAUUCCAACAACUGCUAUAAUGAUAAAUAUUCUUAUCACAACUAUGAUAAUGAGAAGCCUGUUUAUAGUGGGAGAUUUAAAGACAUGUUUAAAGAUGCCUCUGCUCAAGAGACAACAGAGAACAAAACCACUGAAGUAAAUGAGGCUAUAAGCAUCAUUGAGAAACCAAGAUCUCCCCAAACUUCUGAAGUGAAGAGAUCGGCUUACAAGAGCGAAUCCUCUGGUUUCUAUACUCGUAGCAGAGACAGGUCUGAGAAGAGAUCAAGAUAUCAUUCUAGAGGUGACGACAGGCAUAGCUACAGAGAUUACAGAGAUUACAAAGAUUACAAGGACUAUAAAGACUACCGCAGAUCCAGUCAUAGAAGUUCAAGACAUAGAAGAUCAUCCAGCAGGAGGUCUUCAAGCAGAUCUCACCAUCGCCACAGAAGAUAUUAA